AUGCCGACACCCUGGGACAAGAACCUCCCGAACGCAUGCUCAGAGCCUCAAGUCAUGAAACCGGAAGAUCUUCUUUUUUGGGUAAAAAUUGAUGAGGAGCAACGUGCCAUCGAUAAGGAUUACAUUACUAUCAUUGACCUCCGUGGCGCUGAUAAUAAGGGAGGAAUCAUCCCUUAUGCGCUAAACAUCCCUGCGGAGAACUUUUUCCAAUGCAUGAUUCCGGUCUUCAAAAUGAUUGCGGCCGCCAAUAUCACUCAAGUUUGCUUCUGUGACGCAUCAUCAGACGGCAGGGCGAAACGUAUGGGGGGACUGUUCCAAGAUUUCGGCGGCAGAAUGAAAGAUGUGGGUUACCAAAUGGGAGAUAUAACUACUUAUGAGCUCGAAGGAGGAAUGGAAGCAUGGGUCGCGGCUGGGGAGGAAUAUACAGAGUGGUUGAAUGAUUACGAUCCAGCUGCGUGGAAAAAGUAG